GGGGUCGUCGUCGACGGCGGCCGCGCCGCCAUGGGCCGCCGCCACAUCGGCACCGUCGCCCACCUCGCCGCCGGGGGCUUCGCCGGCGCCGUCAGCAAGACCUGCACCGCCCCACUCGCCCGCCUCACCAUCCUCUUCCAGGUGAGCGCGUCCCCCCAGCAUUUCCCUGCCUGAGAUUUCGCUCUUCGUCCGUACGGGCAGUAUUGGGGGUGGAUGUACUGGAUACGGCGAGGAGGAGGAGGGGAUUGGGAGCUACUGCUACUGCGGAGGCGAAUUUUGUUAAUUUUCCUUGUCUCGCAAGUGGAAUUCGGGGAGGAAGAUGUUUCCUCCCCUCCUUUUUUUUUUUGGAUGUAGGGAUUGGUUGGCACGAGCAGCUACGACGUUUGUUACUAAUAACCUUGUUGUGUGUUGCUUUAACAUGUGUUUAAUAAAUGAUUUGACCAUAAAGGAGUCUCCCUUUUGAACACAUAGGGAUUUCUCUUCCUGUGGGUGAAACCAGUACAAUUGUAGUACAGCAUACCAUGUGUUGUUGUUUUGGAAUCCUGUGUGCCCUAAUAAGGAACUGGGAGUAAAGAAAGCAUAAGACAAAUAUGACUUCUUUUGUCACUCAGAAACGGUGGGAGUACUCCAGUAGUGAGUAGUGACUGGUGAAAAUGUAAGCCUGAGGGAAGCUUUUCUUUGUUUAUAAGCGCUGUACCGCUACUUAUUGCUUGGCACAAAAGCACCUUGAAAGGAAUUGAAUUGUAAUAGUGAGGUACUAUAGUGAAGCAUCUUGCUGUUAGAUUGUUAGUCGUCAAUGGAAGCUAAAAACGGCAGCAGAGUUUUCGUGUAUUGACAUUUUCUUACUAGUUCAAUUCUCCGGUAAAAUUUGUAUUUAUUAUGUUGACAACUUUAGAUGCAAAAUAUCGCACUGAAGAAUAAUUUUCCUUUCUUAGCGUGUUAGAAAACUUUGGAGAUUUGGGCACCUAUGGAAAUCUUAUUAUAUACGUGCCUCAAUUUGUGCCCGCACAAGGCUAACGGCAGUUUGGAACAAUCCUUUUCAUGCCAUUGUAGGCGUUCCAGUUAGCAGGGACUGAAAUCUAACAGGAACAGAAGGUGGCAGGUAUGCAUUCAGAUGUGGCAGCUCUAAAGAAGUACAGCAUAUGGCAUGAAGCUUCACGAAUAGUUCGAGAAGAAGGAUUUGGAGCAUUUUGGAAAGGCAAUCUGGUGACAAUUGUGCAUCGUUUACCUUAUUCUGCCAUCAGCUUUUAUUCAUAUGAGCGCUACAAAAAAUUUCUCCAAAGGGUUCCUGGCCUUGAUGAAGACUCAAAUUAUGUUGGUGUUGCUCGUUUACUUAGUGGCGGUUUGGCAGGAAUUACUGCUGCAUCUGUAACUUAUCCCUUGGAUGUUGUCCGUACUCGUUUGGCAACACAGAAAACAACCAGGUAUUACAAAGGCAUCUUUCAUGCAGUGUCUACCAUUUGUAGAGAUGAGGGUGUCAAAGGAUUGUACAAGGGCCUUGGGGCCACAUUAUUGGGAGUCGGACCUAGCAUAGCAAUCAGCUUUACUGUAUAUGAAUCAUUGAGGUCUCAUUGGCAAAUGGAAAGGCCCCAAGAUUCCCCUGCAGUUGUUAGUUUGUUUUCUGGGAGUCUAUCUGGUAUUGCAUCAUCUACUGCCACAUUUCCCCUUGAUCUUGUAAAGAGACGAAUGCAACUGCAAGGGGCAGCUGGGACAUCGUCAGUCUGUAAAUCAAGCAUAACUGGAACCAUCCGCCAAAUCUUUCAGAAGGAAGGCCUUCGUGGCUUCUACAGAGGGAUAGUCCCUGAGUACCUGAAGGUUGUUCCUAGUGUAGGGAUUGCCUUCAUGACCUAUGAGACCCUGAAGAGCUUGCUCUCCAGCAUAGACGAAGACGACGAGAGCUGAGAUCUUUACAAAAUGGCUACACGCUUCAAAGAGAUUUCUGGCAAUGAGUUACUGUGAGACUGAACUGUAUCAGAGUGACUACAGGCCAGACAGUUUUGUAGGUGUUGAUAGGAUAAAGCUUUACCUGAUAUGUGUCUUGUGUUGUACCAUAUAGGUCAAGAAGAGCAAAUGAGUAUUCCAUCCGUGUACACCUCUGAGCAUUAUGCUCAAAUUUUGUGUCGUAAGAUGUAACGCCCCUUGCAAGGAUGGGAAAAGAAACUCUCAAGGUAAACGAAUAUGUGUAUUACCAAGAUUCUAUAUGCUUCUGUGGCAGCAAUGUGGGUUGGGUGUUUGAAACGUGAUGCAUUGUCUUCCAUCUGGAGAAUUAUGUCAGCUGGUUAAUA